UGUAUCUGUCACUUUCGCAUUUUCAUUGAUAAAGUCAAAAAUGGCACAACGGACGUGGCAUAUGUUUACGGUGAUAACUUUAAUAUUUACAGUUUUAUCUAUCGUUGGAGAUGUUUUAUCUCAGUCGGCAGCACCUUGGUACGAGAAUAUGCCGGCUGUUACGAUGGACUACAAAGUACACAUAGAUGCAGGCAAAGAAGACUGUUACUAUCAAUAUGUCCCGUCGGGUGCUACAUUUUAUGCCAGUUAUCAGGUGUUGAAAGGCGGCGACGGAAUGUGCGGUUUUGCGGUGCGGCACCCUAACGGUCAGAUAGUACACCCGUACGAGUGGCGACAGAGCGCGGAGUACGCCGACCAAUCCUCUUCAGGAGGAUAUUAUGCAGUGUGCAUUGAUAACCAGUUCUCAAGAUUUGCUGGGAAACUAGUCAAUUUGUAUCUGUCGGUGAUUAGAUACGACAUGUGGGAGAAGUAUGCGAAGGAAGUAGAGGAAUUGGACAUGAAUAUUAAGAAUUUCACUAACUCAAUUCAGUUUGUGGAAAGGAACAUCAAUGACAUCCUGCAGUACCAGUACCACUCCCGGGCACGAGAGUCCAGGGACUACAACUUGUUGCAGGACAAUAAUGUUUAUGUGCUCAGAUGGUCUGUGAUACAAAUCCUAGCUAUAGCAGCCACGGCUACGCUACAAGUAUACUUUGUGAGGAAACUGUUUGAAGUGAAGGAGAACUCAUCUAAGACAAGAAUAUGAUUACAUUCCCCAGAACUAACGAAUUUACUAACUGUUACUCUUCGACUGAACUUCCAUUCCAACUGAAAUUAAUGCAGAUCUCUCUUGUUCAUCAUUUUGUUUGCUUGUUAUUUUGCAUUCGUCAGUAAACAAGGAACUUAGGAGAUCUUGUGAAGCUCCAUCUUAUUAGUAGAUUUUUAACAGGUUGAUAUGUAUGUGAAAAGGGAGCUUUUCUCAUUUUCAUUGUGGGUUGGCUGGUUCUAGUUAUCCAAGUUUUAGCUAAUUGUAGUAGAACUAAUAUUGAAAGAAUAUAUUUUUUAAUAUAAAGUUUUAAAGUUAAAAUUGAUAUAAUUAUUUUUCACUUAGAUACAUGGCUACCUUUUAUGGGUCUGCUAAUAAAUUGGAACUGUCUAUUGUUCAUAAAUGCUAAUCAAUUUACUCUAUCUUGUUCCUAUCACUUUUUUUAUGAGAUUAUUUUUUUGUUUUUAUUUCUUAAAACGAGUAACAAAUCCAGUGCACAAAUUAAGUUUUAUAGUUUAAGUACAAGCUUUUUGCAUUUUUUAUACAAAAGACAUUAAAUUGUUUACUAUACAUAUAAUUAAUAAGUUUAACCUUUCAGAGUUUAUUUUUUGAUCGGAAUAUUAAUUGAUCUGAAUAUAAUAACGACAUUUUUAAGUAUUUUUGAUAAGAAUUGGAUUUUUAUUAUUUAUUUGCUUGACAAUGAUCACAAUAUUUUUAGUUUAAUUUUAUUGUUAAUCUGUGAGGUUAACUGAACAUGUAACGAACUGUGUGUUUGCUAUUGAAUGACCGAUGUCAAUACAUAUAAUGAUAAUAAACUGAAAUGUUAAAGUACUUAAA